AUGAACGGCGCGCUGGAGCAUUCCGACCAGCCCGACCCGGACGCCAUCAAGAUGUUCGUGGGCCAGAUCCCGCGCUCCUGGUCGGAGAAGGAGCUCAAGGAGCUCUUCGAGCCUUACGGCGCCGUCUACCAGAUUAAUAUCCUGAGGGACCGCAGCCAGAACCCGCCACAGAGCAAAGGCUGCUGUUUUGUGACGUUUUACACACGGAAAGCGGCCCUGGAAGCCCAGAACGCACUGCACAAUAUCAAGACCUUAACAGGGAUGCACCACCCCAUUCAGAUGAAGCCCGCGGACAGUGAGAAGUCUAACGCGGUGGAAGACAGGAAGCUGUUCAUCGGCAUGGUGUCCAAGAAGUGCAACGAGAACGACAUCCGGGUCAUGUUCUCGGCGUUCGGCCAGAUCGAGGAGUGUCGGAUCCUGCGGGGCCCCGACGGGCUGAGCAGAGGAUGUGCCUUUGUCACGUUUUCCACCCGAGCUAUGGCACAGAAUGCAAUCAAAGCCAUGCACCAGUCUCAGACGAUGGAGGGAUGCUCGUCCCCCAUCGUGGUGAAGUUCGCCGACACGCAGAAAGACAAAGAGCAGCGGCGUCUGCAGCAGCAGCUGGCCCAGCAAAUGCAGCAGCUCAACAGCGCCACCACCUGGGGGGGCCUGACGGGACUGGGCGGGCUCACGCCGCAGUAUUUAGCGCUGCUCCAACAGGCGACUUCCUCCGGCAACCUGGGCGCCUUCAGCGGGAUCCAGCAGAUGGCGGGUAUGAGCGCGCUACAGUUGCAGAACUUGGCCACUUUGGCGGCGGCGGCGGCGGCGGCGGCCCAAAACUCCGCCGGCCCGUCCACCGCCAACGCCCUGUCGUCCGGCGCCGCCUCCCUGGGAGCGCUGGCCAGCCCAGCGGGCGCCCCCGCCGGUUCCAGCGCGGGCGCCAUGAGCUCGCUGACGUCGCUGGGCACGCUGCAGGGCCUGGCGGGCGCCACAGUGGGACUCGGCAACAUUAACGCGCUAGCAGGUAUGGCGGCGCUCAACGGCGGGCUGGGCGGCGCCGGGCUGGCCAACGGCGCGGCGGCGGCAGCGGCGGCGGCCGGCACGGUGGACGCGCUGACGCAGGCCUACUCAGGGAUUCAGCAGUACGCCGCCGCCGCCCUGCCCACGCUCUACGGCCAGUCGCUGCUCCAGCAGCAGGGCGCCGCCGGAAGCCAGAAGGAAGGUCCCGAGGGCGCCAACCUCUUCAUCUACCACCUGCCGCAGGAGUUCGGGGACCAGGACAUCCUGCAGAUGUUCAUGCCUUUCGGGAACGUCGUCUCCGCCAAAGUCUUCAUCGACAAACAGACCAACCUCAGCAAGUGCUUUGGCUUCGUGAGCUACGACAAUCCGGUGUCGGCGCAGGCGGCCAUCCAGGCCAUGAACGGCUUCCAGAUCGGCAUGAAGCGUCUCAAAGUGCAGCUCAAGCGCUCCAAGAACGACAGCAAACCUUACUGA